AUGAAGCCCGAUGUUCCUCCAUCAUACGAAAGCGCAGUCAGUCGCGAGGCAUGGACCAUUAUCGCUCCCUGGAUUUCCUCCAGCGACCUGUGCUCGGCAUGCCUGGUGUCGCGCAAAUGGUACUCUAUCUUCGUGCCUUUCCUCUGGGGCGAUCCUGCUUCCCACUUUGGGAUUCAGAAUGACGCCGUCUACGUCGCCCUUACCCGCUUCAAGCGAUCCCUACGCAAAGCAAGAUUAAGUGUGAGAAGCCUCACUCAUACGCUACAUCUCCCGCCGGCUCUUAGCGAAAUCUACGGAGGCCCCAAUCCUACGUGGUUGCGAGACGUCCUCGAAUUCCUCCCCAACCUCCAAAGCCUCAUUGUCACAAAGUUGCCAUUCUUUGACCACCAUAGCCUCAAUGCAUUGAGGAAUUCAAGCGCCGGCAGAAGACUGUCCAAUGAAGAAACAGAUAUCUUUCCCACAUACGGCCUCAAGUUACUGCUGGCCUCAAGUGAGCCAAACACAACGUCUUCCUCGCUUGCGAAUGCGCUACCAAGAUUUCCAAGUCUGGUUUACCUUGAUCUGUCCUACACAUCGCCCGCCCGAGAUGCUGCAGUUCUCAUAGCCUUAUCAUACCUGCCAGAUCUCCAAGUCCUGAAGUUGCGGGGGGUUGGUCUUAAAGAUGGGGAGGCCGAGGUCCUUGCCAAUGCGAUUGGGAUCCGUGUUCGAUUGCUUGACCUCCGAGACAACCUCUUGACCGAUAUGGCUGUGCGAUCAUUGAUGCAGGCAUGCUUUCUGCCCUCGGAUGCUGCACAGUCAAGGUACCUCAAUGUAGAGGAUUGGCCGGUAGGCAUGGCUCCUGGGCCGGAUUUCUUCAGCCUGGAUACCCUCCGGAGCGAGGAACUCGACCACGAGUUGCUCAAGCAGCUCACGAGGCCCCUUACUGGAAGACUAGCCUUCGAGGACAUUCCUCACCGAGGCCUGACCCAUCUGUACAUUUCCGGCAACCGGCUAUCUGUGGAAGGCCUGUCAAGUUUGCUGAAAUCGGAACGCCUCCAUAUUCUCGACGGAGGUUCGGUCGACACGGUCAAGACUAUCGCACGGACUCAAUCGCUUUCUUCCCCGACAGGCUAUAUCGAUGAAGUCCGCUUCCCAGGUGCCGAGAAGCUUAUCCCUGUCCUUGCAACGUCUGCCAGCAAGAAUUUGACCUACCUUCGCGUUGACCAUACACUGGUUACUGCAAAGUUUGAACCCGGUCCGGCAGUCGUCAAACCAAAAGCAUCUUCGGUCGAACUUGCCGGGUCUGCGCCACUUGCUGCUGAGCUUCCCGCUCAAGGAAGACAGAUAGUAGAAGCCCCGGCCCCUGCCCAUUAUGCGGUCGAAAUGGCAGUUCCCGAUCAAGUUUUUGAACUGGAUGCUACUCCGGCACCACCACGAGCCGAGCUGAUUGGUGACGUGAUAUACUUUGCCCUCAGCCCUCCAAUUGGAGACAAGCCAGAGGAAGCAAGCCCUGUCAUCGAAAACCACAGUCCGAUCAGAGGCGAAGGCCCCUUCGCUCCAGAGGUAGUCAACGGUGCUGCGGAUGAUCACGAGAACGAAGAUCGUGCCACAGUCGCGGACUCGGAGAUCUCUGAUGAGACUGGAACGCACAGCACAACGAGAUCAAUCCUCUCUCCCGUGUCUCCCAUGACGCCUCACCCCAAUACCAUUACCUUUCAACCACUAGUACCGCCGCCUACGCCAAAGACUAGGGCUGCGCCAACGUCAGCUCCAACCAAGGCGGAAAGUCCGACCUCAGCACUCCCAGCGACUCCUGCGUCACGCCCGCGUGCAUCUCUCUCAACAACUCCAGCAGCAUUGCACCAGCGUCAGGCUCGGAUAGAAGCACUGCUUGCCAAGCGACCUCCGGGAUUGACCUCCAAGACAAACCACCCAGGUUUGGACAUUCCGAAGAUCACGGUGCAGAAUCUGACCAGUCUCCACCCCGCUGUGCUUCCCAAUCUGAGAACCCUGAUUCUCACCGAUGUGCCUAUCACAGUGCCGAAAUCGUCCCCUGUGAUCCCUGCACUCAAGGCUUUCAUAUCUGCCUGCGCUGAUGAAGCAGCCCUUGCUCGCCUCCUCGCCAGGACGGACUAUUCUCUGCCACCCGGUCGGGCCCGUCAUAUUGCCGAAUUAGAACACGCACGGUCGCUCUUCGCUCUCCGCACGAUCAUUCUGGAGAUGGAGGAUCCCACCAUUCCGAAUGCCACUGAGCAGCGCAAAUGGCAGCAUUCUCGUCAGCGUAUCAGCAUGAGCAAAUCCUCGACAGGCGACCGGGAUAGUGAAAAUCUUUGGUCUGCAGCAGAGAAUGACUUCAGCUUCUUCGGAGAAGAAGGCGAAGAACAGGCAGAAUGUGGCAUCUACCAGCAUGACCCGGAGAAGUAUUUUCCCACCGCGCAUUUUGAUGACAAGAUUUUGCUGGGUCCCGAAGACAAUCCACCAGAAAGUGGCUCGAGCAGUCCACACGGGAGCCUCCACGGGUAUGGGACAUUGUCUCCAUUCAUGAUGAAUUAUGGUGGUUCCACCGGGACACUAAGAAGCCCGAGGAAUUUACCAUUGGGUCGGAAUCGGAGAAGCUCGAAUGAAUCGCAGCGGAAUGGGACCACCCGAAGUCUCUUGACCGAGAUGCAAGGCGCACCAGUAUCGCCCGUUUUUAUGAAUGGCAGGUUGCGCCCGCAGUCGAGAGAUUCGAUGCUUCCCCCGACUUCCAAUCCCGUCCAGCAGCAGGAAGAUGAACCGAAAGUCGAUGUCAUCGCCGAAGUCGCUGCGUGGCGAAAAGAGCGGAAGAAGGCCUACGAAGAUGAAUUGGCGCGGUACCGAAUGGGCCGUGGAGGUGGUGGCGCAGGUAGAUCGAAUAGCUUCACCAACCAAGGGAACGGACGCUCGUCGUCAUCUACUCCGCGAGGCUAUGGAUAUGGCUACGACCAUGGUGCUGGACCAGGUUCGCUCGCGUACGCACAUGCAUACACGAAUGGGAAUUCACCGGCCAAACAAGGGAAUGAAACACCGUCCGGCAACUCAACUCAUGGUGAGAUUAACGACCUCGACAUGACGUUCGUCGAAGGACACUGGAAGGGAGAGAUCAAGGUGAUCAGGAAUGCGACACCAAAAGGUCGAACAGGUGUGGUGGAUAUGUAUGGAAACUAUUUCGAGAAGGGGUAUCUGUAUCCCUGA